AUGCGGCGGCAGUUGAAGUGCGUCGGCCUGCUGCUCCUGCUGAGCCUCCUGCUGGCGGCGCUCAGCCCCGUCGUCGUCGUCGCCACCGCGCGCAGAGAGCUGCCGCUAAUGGCGGCCAUCGGCGACGAAGGGCGACAAGACGUGAGCAGCUCAAGAACUGCGACGGCAGAGGGAGGGGCGGAGGUCAUCGUCAGGAGGAGGAAGGAGGUGGCGAUGAAGAACACCCGCCGUUUCAGAAGAACCAGCCAGAAGAUGCCUGCUUCGCCGAAGUUUAACUUCGGUGGCCGGAUACCCUUCACCGCCGACUACCACUCCGUCCACAGGCACCCGCCCACGCACAACUAG